AUGCUUAGAAGUCUUUUUAGACAAAUGUCGACAUCACCAGCCACAUCCACGAUGGGUCCCAUAGAGACAUCCAUUCUGUCGAAAUUACAGUCCACCUUCCAUCCCACAUUUCUUGAGAUUAGAAACGAUUCUCACAAACAUGCCAAACACGCUGGGAUGCAAGGCGCGUCCAAUAGAACCGAAUCCCAUUUCUACAUCAAGAUGCAAAGUGAAGAGUUCAAUGGCAAGAAUUUACCUACUAGACACCGAUUGGUGUACAAUUUGCUAGACGAUGAAAUCAGUAAACAGGGUGUCCAUGCGUUACAAAUGAAGUUGAAAGGGACAAACGAAAGUAUACAGUGA